AUGGUCUACGUGCGGCAGGACAAGCUGCCCAACCUCAAGCAGUACAAGUACUCGGGCGUCGACCAUUCCCUGACCAGCAAGUACAUCCUGAAGCCAUUCUACACCAAUGUGGUCAUCAAGUGCUUCCCCAUGUCCAUGGCCCCGAACCUGAUCACCUUGACCGGCUUCUCCUUCGUCGUGAUCAACCUCUUGACUAUGCUGUGGUACAACCCGACCCUCGACCAGAACUGCCCUCCCUGGGUAUACUACAGCUGGGCUGCAGGACUGUUCCUGUACCAGACAUUUGACGCAGUGGAUGGGUCCCAGGCGCGCCGAACACACCAGAGCGGCCCACUCGGCGAGCUCUUCGACCACGGCGUCGACGCCCUCAACACCUCCCUCGAGGUCCUCAUCUUCGCCGCGUCGCAAAACAUGGGCCAGGGCUGGAAGACCGUUGCCACUCUCUUCGCAUCGCUCCUCACCUUCUACGUCCAGACCUGGGACGAGUACCACACCAAGACCCUCACCCUCGGCAUCGUCAACGGGCCCGUCGAGGGCGUGCUCAUCCUGGUCGGCGUCUACGCCCUGACGGGCUACAUGGGCGGCGCCUCCUUCUGGCAGCAGUCCAUGCUGGCCACCCUGCGCGUGCCGCAGGGCCCGCUGCCGGACCUGCUGUACAGACUCUCCUUCACCGAGUGGUACAUGGUGCAGGGCACCUUCGUCCUCGUCUUCAACACGGUCGAGUCGGCGCGCAACGUGAUCCGCGCCCGGCGCGCCCGCGGCGACCGCUCCCGCUACGCCCUCGUCGGCCUGCUGCCCUUCUUCGGCACCUGGGCCCUCGUCGUCGCCUACCUCUGGCUGCAGCCCAACAUCCUGCACGGCCACCUCGUGCCCUUUGUGCUCUUCGCCGGCGUCGUCAACGCCUACAGCGUCGGCCAGAUGAUCACGGCCCACCUCGUCAAGCUCGACUUCCCCUACCACAACGUGCUCGUCCUGCCGCUGGCCUGGGGCGUCGUCGACUCCCUCGGCCCCCUGCUGCUCGAGCACGCGCCCUUCCCCUGGCUCGGCUGGCCCAGCGCCCUCGGCGACGGCGUCUACCAGGUCGCCUUCAUGUUCAGCAUGCUCGGCCUCGCCGUCGGCGUCUACGGCUCCUUUGUCGUCGACGUCAUCGUCACCAUCUGCGACUACCUCGACAUCUGGUGCCUGACCAUCAAGCACCCUUACGUCGAGGGCAAGGAAGACGGCAAGAAGAAGGCGAAUUGA